GCCGCCAUCGACUGCAGAGGGGCAGCCAAGCGCCCCAUAAUAAGGCGCGCAACCGCUGCGAAAAUGCGCGUUCGAACAGUGCUACCACUCCUGCACGCCAUCGCCGCGUACGCAAAGCCAAAAACAGCAGACAGCUACGCCAAUAUAACUGGGGUGCCGCUCUGGGGCCAGCAGCACUACGUGAACGGCUACCGCUGCGCCGACGGCACAAUCAUUCCACGCGCGCGCGUCAACGACGACGCCUGCGACUGUGUCAGUGGAGGCGACGAGCCCGGCACCUCCGCGUGCGCCGGUCGUCAGCAAUUCUUCUGGUGCGCGGCAGAUCGGCGCUUCAUUCCGAGCAGCAGAGUUGGAGACGGUGUUGUUGACUGCUGCGACGGCGCCGACGAGGCCAUGCGGACGGCGCCGCCGACGGGCCCGCGGCUCAUGCCGCGCUGCCCGUCGUCGCACGACGAGGUCGCCACCUUUCAAAAGGGCGCGGCGCGGCGGCGCGAGCGCUUCGGCGGGCGGACGAUUAGUGACGCUUUGAGUGGCCAGUGCGUCGAGAAGACCCUGGUGCCCUUCACCUACGUCCUAUGCUUCGGGAGCCGUGCGGAGCAGAGGGAGGGCGGCGAGCGGCGGUCGCUCGGCGACGCCCGGGCCUUCGACGCGGUCUCGCGGACGUGGCGCCACGAGGGCGGCGACGCCUGCCCGGGGGACGUGGCUCGGACGGCCACCGUGGAAAUUGAGUGUAGUGCGGGGCUGUGUGGAAAUCAGACUUCGGGCGCCCCACGCCAUCGACGCGAACCUAGCUCACUGGUUGAUCUCCACACAGGCGCCGGGCCAGCGGAUUACGAGAUCCUGUCCGUCGACGAGGUCUCCAUGUGCGUGUACCACAUACGCGUCGCGUCGCCGGCGGGCUGCGACGAGAUGCGGCGCGAGGAGCUCGGCCCGCGCCUCGACGCCGUCGAGGACGACGGAUCGCCCCGAGUGGUCAACGGCUGGCUGCUCACGCGGGGCGAGCGCGGCGAGGGCAUGUGGUACCACGUCGGGACGGCGGCGACGCAGCUCUUCGCGCCGGAGGGGUGGUUUUGA